AUGAAUUAUAAUAAAAGUUUAUUUACGACAAUAAUAUAUUUUUAUUUCUUACUACUACUACUACUGAUUAAGAAAGUUAAAGCUUCAUCAACUUAUUAUGACUAUACUCAAAAUUUGGGAUUAACAACUGUACCGUUGACUUGUAAUGGACAAUCUCAAGAUUAUAUAAUAACAAAAUAUGGUAAUCAAGGUAAUGGUGGUGGGGGAGGAGGACUUUUUCAAGAUCCAUAUCCAUCAACUAUAUUUAAUGUUCAAAGUGUAACAAAUGUUGGUAAUGGAAAUUUCAAAAUUACUUUCUCAUUUGAAAUGAAUGGUGAUUAUAGCGCAUUAGUUAAUGUAUUUGGAGGUACCAGUAUUUUAACAACUGUAAAUAAUCUAAAUUCAAAUUUACAAUCAACAAUUACAAUAAAUGGUUAUAAUGCUCCAAAUAUUUAUGGAUCAAAUUAUAAAUUUUCUUCGACUGUCUUGGUUUCAGCAUCUCAACAUAAUGGAAUGUAUUGUUUACCUGAUAAUUUCAAUAUUUUUUAUCAAUCAACAGGUUUGUUAGGUUUUUAUCAAAAAAGUUAUACUUAUACAGUGAAUCAAUAUUUUAAUAAUCCUACAACAUCAAAUAGUAUUAUGCCAAAUUUUUGUUGGAUUAAUCCUCAAUGUUCAGUAACAAGCACUCAAUUUUGGACAAAUUCAUUUACUUCAACUCAAACAAAUACCAAUGGUAUAAGUUCAACAAAUUCAGUUAUUGUAUAUGUUCCUUCAAAUACUGCAACAACUUAUACUACAAAUUGGGGUAAUUCUUAUACUUCAACCACAAAACAAGUCAAUACACCAGGUGGAACAGAUACAGUGAUUGUGAAUUACCCUAAUAACCCAACCACAACCACAACUCAAUAUUAUAGUGGAGCAACAAUUUUAACUACAACAAUUACAAACGGAUAUGGUGGAACUGAUAGCGUAAUAGUAAACUAUCCUACAAAUCCCACCAAGACCACAACUCAGUUUUACGGUGGUUCACUUACCUUAACUACUACAACUAAAAAUAGCUAUGGAGGUACAGAUUCGGUUAUUGUUAAUUACCCUUCAAACCCAACGAAAACUACAACUCAAUUUUAUAGUGGUUCAGUUAUUUUGACUAGUACUACUAAAAACGGCUAUGGAGGAACAGAUUCAGUUAUUGUUAAUUACCCAUCGAAUCCAACUUCAACAACAACUCAAUUCUAUAGCGGUUCAACUAUAUCAACUACUACUACCAAGAACAGUUAUGGAGGUACAGAUUCAGUUAUUGUUAAUUACCCAUCGAAUCCAACUUCAACCACGACUCAAUUCUAUAGCGGUUCAACUAUAUUAACUACUACUACCAAGAACAGUUAUGGAGGAACAGAUUCAGUUAUUGUCAAUUACCCAUCAAAUCCUACUUCAACAACAACACAAUUCUAUAGCGGUUCGACUACUUUAACUACUACCACCAAAAAUAGCUAUGGAGGAACAGAUUCAGUUAUAGUAAACUACCCAUCGAAUCCUACUUCAACCACAACCCAAUUUUAUAGUGGUUCAGUUAUAUUGACUACUACUACCAAGAACAGUUUUGGAGGAACAGAUUCAAUUAUAGUUAAUUAUCCAUCAAAUCCUACUUCAACUACAACUCAAUUUUAUAGUGGUUCAACCAUCUUAACUACUACUACCAAGAACAGCUACGGGGGAACAGAUUCAGUUAUAGUAAACUACCCAUCGAAUCCUACUAGCUCACUUACUUUAUUUUAUUCAGGUUUAGUCACCACAACUACGACAAUCAAAGGUACAUAUGGUGGGACUGAUUCAGUUAUAGUAAAUUACCCAUCCAAUCCCACAAAUAGUUUUACCACAUUUUACUCGGGAACCAUAUUGACAACUACUACUGCCAAAAACAGCUAUGGAGGUACAGAUUCAGUUAUUGUUAAUUACCCAUCGAAUCCUACUUCAACAACAACCCAGUUUUAUAGUGGUUCAACCAUCUUAACUACUACUACCAAGAACAGCUAUGGAGGAACAGAUUCAGUUAUUGUUAAUUACCCAUCGAAUCCUACUUCAACCACAACUCAGUUUUAUAGCGGUUCAACUAUAUUAACUACUACUACCAAAACCAGCUAUGGGGGAACCGAUUCAAUUAUUGUUAAUUAUCCAUCGAAUCCUACUUCAACCACAACCCAAUUUUAUAGUGGUUCAGUUAUAUUGACUACUACUACCAAGAACAGUUUUGGAGGAACAGAUUCAGUUAUAGUUAAUUACCCUUCAAACCCAACGAAAACUACAACUCAAUUUUAUAGUGGUUCAACCAUUUUAACUACCACUACCAAAAAUAGCUAUGGAGGUACAGAUUCAAUUAUUGUUAAUUAUCCAUCGAAUCCUACUUCAACUACAACGCAAUUCUAUAGCGGCUCGACUAUUCUAACUACUACUACCAAAAACAGUUUUGGAGGUACAGAUUCAGUGAUAGUAAACUACCCAUCGAAUCCUACUUCAACCACAACCCAGUUUUAUAGUGGUUCAACCAUUUUAACUACUACUACCAAGAACAGUUAUGGGGGAACAGAUUCGGUUAUUGUCAAUUACCCAUCGAAUCCUACUUCAACCACAACCCAGUUUUAUAGCGGUUCAACUAUAUUAACUACUACUACCAAGAACAGUUUUGGAGGAACAGAUUCAGUUAUAAUUAAUUACCCAUCGAAUCCUACCAGUUCACUUACUUUAUUUUACUCAGGAUUGGUCACUACAACUACGACAAUCAAAGGUACAUAUGGUGGGACUGACUCAGUUAUAGUAAAUUACCCAUCCAAUCCCACAAAUAGUUUUACUACAUUUUACUCGGGAACCAUAUUGACAACUACUACUGCCAAAAACAGCUACGGAGGAACAGACUCAGUUAUCGUUGAAUACCCAGUCAACCCUACUACUACUAUUUCAACUUUCUACAGUGGUCCAUCUUUGACUACAACAACAGUCAAAAAUGGUGUAGGUAGUACAGAUUCAGUUAUUGUUGAAUACCCAGUCAACCCUACUACUACUGUCUCAACUUUCUACAGUGGUCCUUCAUUAACUACAACAACAGUCAAAAACGGUGUAGGUAGUACAGAUUCAGUUAUUGUUGAAUACCCAGUCAACCCUACAACUACUAUCUCAACUUUCUACAGUGGUCCUUCAUUAACUACAACAACAGUCAAAAAUGGUGUAGGUAGUACAGAUUCAGUUAUUGUUGAAUACCCAAUCAACCCUACUACUACUAUCUCAACUUUCUACAAUGGUCCUUCAUUAACUACAACAACAGUCAAAAAUGGUGUAGGUAGUACAGAUUCAGUUAUUGUUGAAUACCCAGUCAACCCUACUACUACUAUUUCAACUUUCUACAGUGGUCCUUCAUUAACUACAACAACAGUCAAAAAUGGUGUAGGUAGCACAGACUCAGUGAUCGUGGAAUAUCCAUACAACCCUACAUCAACUGUCACCAAAUUCUACAAUGGUUCAUCAAUAAUUACUACCACUAUCAAGAAUGGAGUAGGUAGUACUGAUUCUGUUAUUGUGGAAUACCCAUCCAAUCCUACAAUCACCACCACAGUAUUCUGGGCUGGAUCUAUGGAAAGUGUCACGCGUGAGUUUAAUCAACCAGGUGGUACCGAUAUUAUUGAAAUAUUGAUGCCUUCAAAUCCUACCGAAACUACAACAGAAUUUUGGACAGGUAACUAUCAAUAUACCUCGACGCAACUGAAUAUACCAGGUGAAACGGAUAAUGUUAUUGUAUUUGACACUGCUAAUCCAACUGAAACUACAACGAAAUUUUGGACUGGUUCUUUUGCUAGUACUGCUACAUAUACCAAAGCUCCAGGUCAAACUGACACCGUUGAAGUUUUUGACACAGCGAAUCCUACUGUUUAUACGACAAUAUUCUGGAAUGGGGAAUCUGAAUCAACUACAACUAUGACCAAUGCACCUGGCGGAACCGAUACAAUAGAAAUAUUGGCAGUUCAUAACCCAACAGUUAUAAUUACUCAAUUUUGGAUUGGGUCAAUUACAUCAACUUCAGAACAAACCAAUACCCCUGGGGCUACUGAUUACGUAUUCGUUUUAGAGCCGUUUAAUCCUACAGUCACAACAACUGAAUUCUGGUCAGGGGACUAUGUCACCACAUCUACUGAAAUAAAUGGACCAGGAAGUACCGAUAUCGUUCAUGUUUUAGACCCUCACAAUCCAACAGUCACCACAACCGAGUUCUGGACAGGUUUAGAAGCUACUCAAUCAAUAGUUACUCAAUCACCAGGUGGAACUGACAGUGUUAUAGUUUUGAAACCUCACAAUCCUACAUUUACUACUACAGAAUUUUGGAAUGAGACUUAUAUUUCCACUUCAACUGAAACCAAUGGACCAGGAAGUACCGAUAUCGUUCAUGUUUUAGACCCUCACAAUCCAACAGUCACCACAACCGAGUUCUGGACAGGUUUAGAAGCUACUCAAUCAAUAGUUACUCAAUCACCAGGUGGAACUGACAGUGUCAUAGUUUUCAAACCCCACAAUCCUACAUUUACCACUACAGAAUUUUGGAAUGAGACUUUCAUUUCCACCUCAACUGAAAUUAAUGGGCCAGAUAGUUCAGACAUAGUCCACGUUUUAGAUCCUCACAAUCCUACAUUUACUACCGCAGAGUUCUGGACAGGAAUUAGCGCUACUCGAUCAUCAAUAACAAAUGGACCUGGGGGAACUGAUACAGUAUUGCUUUUGUACCCAUCCAACCCAACAAUUACUUCAACUGAGUUCUGGAACCAAAAUUACACAACAACUUCCACUAUAAUCAAUAACCCACAAGGAACUGACUAUGUAGUAGUUAAGGACCCAGAUAACCCAACUAUAAGUAUUACUCAAACAUGGACAAAUAAAUAUAGCUCAACCAUCACUAGCACUAAUGGACCCGGCAAGACUGAUACCAUUUAUAUCGAAGUCCCACCUAUAUCCAGUCAAUUCACAAUUACCAGUAGUUUGACAUCCAGCUCCUCAGAUCAUAACUCAAGUAUUCAAACAUCAUUAAGCAGCUUAGAAUAUAGUUCAAGUUAUGAAGCUCCAUCAAGUUCAUAUUAUAGGUCAAGUUAUGAACCAUCGUCAAGCAGCUUACAAUAUAGUUCAAGUUAUGAGGUUCCAUCAAGUUCAUAUUAUAGCUCAAGUGUUGAAGCAUCGUUUAGCAGCUCAGACUACGGUUCAACUUUUGAAAGUCCAUCAAGUUCAUAUUAUAGCUCAAGUAUUGAAGCAUCUUUUAGUAGCUCAGACUACAGUUCAAGUUAUGAAUCAUCAUCAAGCAGCUCAGAAUAUACUUCAAGUUAUGAAGCUCCAACAAGUUCAGAUGAUAGCUCAAGUAUUGAAGCAUCAUCAAGCAGCUUAGAAUAUAGUUCAACUUCUGAGGUUCCAACAAGUUUAUAUUAUAGCUCAAGUAUUGAAGCAUCUUUUAGUAGCUCAGACUAUAGUUCAACUUAUGAAAUUCCAUCAAGUUCAGAUUCUAGCUCAAGUUAUCAAUCAUCAUCAAGCAGCUUAGACUAUAGUUCAAGUUAUGAAGCUCCAUCAAGUUCAUAUUAUAGCUCAAGUGUUGAAGCAUCAUUAAGCAGCUCAGACUAUACUUUCACUUAUGAGGUUCCAACAAGUUUAGAUUAUAGUUCAGAUUCUAGUUCAGAUUUUAGUUCAAGUUAUCAAUCAUCGUCAAGCAGCUCAGACUAUAGUUCAACUUAUGAAAUUCCAUCAAGUUCAGAUUCUAGCUCAAGUUAUCAAUCAUCAUUAAGCAGCUUAGAAUAUAGUUCAAGUUAUGAAGCUCCAUCAAGUUCAUAUUAUAGCUCAAGUAUUGAAGCAUCAUCAAGCAGCUUAGAAUAUAGUUCAACUUCUGAGGUUCCAACAAGUUUAUAUUAUAGCUCAAGUAUUGAAGCAUCUUUUAGUAGCUCAGACUACAGUUCAAGUUAUCAAUCAUCAUCAAGCAGCUCAGAAUAUAGUUCAAGUUAUGAAGCUCCAACAAGUUCAUAUUAUAGCUCAAGUUAUGAAUCAUCAUCAAGCAGCUCAGAAUAUAGUUCAAGUUAUGAAGCUCCAACAAGUUCAUAUUAUAGCUCAAGUUAUGAAUUAUCAUCAAGCAGCUUAGACUAUAGUGCAACUUCCGACGUUCCAUCAAGUUCAUAUUAUAGCUCAAGUAUUGAAGCAUCAUUUAGUAGCUCAGACUAUAGUUCAACUUAUGAAGUUCCAUCAAGUUCAGAUUAUAGCUCAAGUGUUCAAACAUUAUUAAGCAGCUCAGACUACAGUUCAGCUUAUGAAGUCCCAACAAGUUCAGAUUUAAGUUCAAGUUAUCAAUCAUCAUCAAGUAGCUUAGGAGAUAAUUCUGCUUAUCAAUCAUUUUCAAGUUCUACAGACGGCACCUCCAAUUUUAUAACAUCAUCAAUUCCCACAGAUUUUUCUUCAGACAACAAAUGUUCAACUAUAAUUUACAGUUCUGGUAAUGAUUUGUCAUCAAGCUUUGAAGAUUCUAGCACAAGCUAUUACUAUGAAGUUUCAAGUUAUAGCUCGGCUGUUGAUGCUGCUUCCACAUCAUUCGAAUUUAUAUCAUCAAGUGUGCCAACUCAAACCUCAAGUUCCGUUAGCAACUUACCAUCUAAUGGCUCAAGUGCUAAUUUAAACUCUACCAUAAGUAGCACUGGAUUUGUUUAUUACAGUUCCACGACUUCAAGUUUCAGUCCAAGUUCAAGUGUUACCCCAAGUUACAAUUCAGCAGUUGAUGCAGACUCCACCGUUUACAAUAAUCCAUCAAGUUUCACUAUUUCAUCAGAUAUUCCUAUUGAGUCGUCGUUCUAUGGAUCUACAGUAAGUUCUCCAAGCACGUCCAGUUUUGUUAGUGAGUUAGAUUUUUCAUCAGAGAGCCAAACAGUACUCAGCACAAGCUUGUUUCCUAUAAUAUCAAUAUCGUCGUUAUCAGUUAGUUUGCAGCCAUCUUAUAGUGAACAACGUGGCUGGAACAUGUCCAUUACACUAUCGAGUUCUAUCACCUCAUUAUUUUCUGGAAUGACAUCACUUGCUGCUGAACCUUCAGAAUUUACCUCCGAUAAUUCUCAAGAAAGUAUCUUGACAACACAAUCAAGUGCAAGCUUCAGCCUGGUUUCUGGAUCAAUUUUGUCUUCAACAAGCCAACAACAUUUUACCAUUUCAUCACAAUCUGUUGAACAAUCUACAACACAACAAACCCUCAACAAUCCAACCACUUCUAGUGAGUCAAGCUCAAAUACUAUCUUAUCAUCAUCAUCAUCAUCGAUAAUCAUAUCCACAGAAUCUUCGAGUUUGGAAUCAAGUGCAUUAUCAUUAACUUCGUCAAGUGCAGUUUUUAAUCCAUCAUCGUUUGUGAGUACCUCAUCAGAAAAACCUGAUUCAAGUAUUUCUUAUCCUACAUCAGUGGAUGCUACACCAUACGUCACUUACGAUACCACAGAGAUAGACACAAUUAAAUCAUCAUCACCAAUAAAAUCUACUACAUCUUUCAUAUCAUCUUCGGAAAUUUCAUCAUCAUAUACCACAACCUUAUCAUCAUCAACAAAUUUAUCUUUUCCAUCAUCACCUUCAUCAAGUCAGGAAUCUUCGACAUUUAAAUCAUCAGUUUCAUCUGAAUCAUCACCUAUAGUAACAAUCACAUCAAUAACUACCACUAAAAAAUCAUCACAAUCGUCUAAUCCAGAAUUCACUGAAACUUCCAGCCCAGCUGACAAAUCUAUUGAAGCAAGUACUUUAAACACACCAUCUUCAACAUCAUUGACUUCAACAUCCCGAUCAUCUAAAGCUAAUUUAUCAAAUUCAACAACUAAACCAUCAUCAACAACUCAAAAUGGUUCAAUCAAACCUGAUAUAAGUAGUUCAAUCUUUCCAACAUCAGUUGAUGCAUCUCCAUAUGUCACUUAUGAAACACCAGAUACCACUGAAAUCAAUCCUUCAAGUUCUAACUCAAUUUCAAGUAAAUCAAAAGCAAGUUUGAACCCAACUUUAACUGGAGACGAAACAAGUACAUUAGUUACCCCAUCUUCAACAUCAUUGAAUUCAACAUCCCAAUCAUUUAAAACUAGUUCAUCAAAUUUAACAACUAAAUCAUCAUCAACAACUCAAAAUGGUUCAAUCAAACCUGAUUUGAGUAGUACAAUCUUUCCAACAUCAGUUGAUGCAUCUCCAUAUGUCACUUACGAAACACCAGAUACUACUGAAAUCAAUCCUUCAAGUUCUAACUCAAUUUCAAGUAAAUUAGAAGCAAGUUCAAACCCAACUUUAACUGGAGACAACCCAAGUGCAACCUCAAAUUCGAAUCAAGCAUUUAAGACAAGCAUAAUAAUGGAGACAACAUAUACUACCACUACUCUUGAUGAUAAAGUGCAACCAACAUCAUUGUCAACAAACAUACCGGUAUCAUCAUCGUCGACUGCAAAUGAAGAGGUCAAAUCAGCAGAUAAGAGUUCAAAUUCGUCAAAAAAUUUACCUACAUCAACAGCUCAACAAAAUCAAGGGGUUUCUCAAGCUUCCAGCUCAUCAUUGAUCAAUGUUAAUGGCAUUUCUUCAACCACUGGAAGCUCACUAGAUUUAACUGAAGCUACCUUAAAUCCAUCAUCAAAGAGUUCCAAUUUAGACACCAAUACUAAUUCAAAAACGUUGGAGAAUUCGUCUAGACCUUCAAAAUCACUUGCAAGCAUUGGAAGCUCACAAACCUCACUAGAAUCUGCAUCACUAUAUUCACAACCAACGUUAUAUCACUCAGGUAAAUCAAGUACAUCUCCAUCAAAAUUUUCCACAUUAUUAUCAUCAACAACAUCUUCAUCAAAACCUAUCCAACAAACAGCUUCAACUCAAUACUUAUAUACAUCAUCAUCAAGCAAUCCAAUACCUACAUCACCAGCAAUUACUCAAAUAGUUGAAGGUAAUUCAAAUAAAAAUUAUUUCCCAAAACUAGGAGGAAUUUUUGCAUUACUUUUAUUAUUCAUCAUUUAA